UUGAGCUUGCCCAGGAAGUCAUCAAUCAACCGCGAGAUUUUGAGCCCUGAAUAGCUCACUAUUAUAAAGAAACAAUUAUUACCCUAUCUUUGGAAUCCAAGAAAUCCAAGAAAAUGAAAGCCUUUGUUAUCGGCCUUUUCUUGGCUGCUAUUUCCUUUGACUUGGCCAUGUCUGCAUGUGAAGUGAAGUUGGAGGUCUUGGAGUGUACUGAACUCGCCGACGGUGACUUUCCUUUGGAUGUUGAUGGAAAAUUCAAAGUUAUCAGUGUUAGAAAUUCCCAGAUCACCAAAUUACCCUCUAAUGCCUUUGGAUCGGCCAAGGCAAACAUUUUUGAGAUAUCUGAUAAUUCAGCAUUAGAAGAAAUUGAGGCCAACUUCUUUGGUUCAGACUCCGUGGUGGUCAGGGAGAUUCUGAUUAUCAACAACAACAAAUUGAGGUCAUUCCCUUGGAACAAUUUGGCAGCGUUAGUUGGGUUGGAGAAGUUUUAUCUCAUCAGCUCAGCUGUUCCAGCAUUGGAGAGCUAUCUCCCUUGGCCAGCCUCUGUUGCCGAGAUUGACCUCACCGAUAACCUUGAAAUUUCUGUCAUCCCGCCAUUUGCCUUUCAAAAGGCAAAGCACAUCAAAUCCCUGAACCUGAAGAACCUUAGCCCAGAACUGACCAUCCAAAGUGAUGGCCUUUACACCACCUCUUUAGAAGAGCCUUCGCUAUCGUUCUUCUCUUCAGAAGAACUCAAUGAGGCCGACAUGGUCCUGGAAAAAGAUAUCUUUGGAUUCCUCCAAGACGGCGAAUCUUGGACUAAGGUCGAUGCUCGAUUUCCUGACUUUCCUGAGAACUCCUUCCGUCUCAUUUUGAAGGAAUAUUUCGAUCAAGGCCGCACGGAAUAUCUAUCCAGUUCCAACGGUCAAACGAAAGUCAAAAAUUGCGAUUGCAGCAUUGCUUGGCUCUACAAAGAUGCUCAUAAAUAUGGCUUGAGCGAGUACAUCAGUCUGGUUGGAGAAAAUAACGUGGUUUGUGAAGGAAUUGGACCGGUUUUGGAAACCACAGAUGAGGCCUUCAUUGAAAAGAUGGACUCUUGUCCUCACACUGAAUUGCCGUAUCCAGACCAAAACCCUUGUGAAGGCUUCGAAUCCCUGGUCCCAAAUCCCGCGGAUUGUAAAUGUUACUUCAAUUGUAACCAUCUUGGACAAAACAUGGGAGAGACAUGUUGCCCUGGAAACCUCGUGUUCGAUCCCAUCUUGUCCACGUGUAAUCAUCCGGAAAAUGUGCCAAGUUGCCAACGAUGAACAAGAUCUUAAUCAAGGCUGGAUUCACUUCAUCAAAGCCAAAGUCAAAGAAUUGCCUUGUUGGAUCUCACCACUUUUCCGGGCUCAAGCUUAAACAUUAAAUUUAGCUAUUACAUAAUAUGUCCCAUUGUCACACGUUUAUUAAAACAUGAUAUGAUAUAUAAGCACCUCAGCUCCAAGAAGGCUCUAAUCUUGAGCAUCGUCAUGAUCUGCUGAUAAUGAAUUCUCAUAAAAAUUCAAACCUAGAACGUGUCAGGUUGGCGAUUCAACAGUUUCAUCAGAGAUAGAGAGAGCAAUAAUGAACAGAGCAUUAAUAUUUAUUCCGCUUUUGUCGUUCCUUCAUGGAGCCAAUGCUGCCUGCACAGUUCAAGAUGGAACCACGGAAUCAUCAGAACAAUUGGUAUGCACUGGUCUUGUGGACGGAGAUCUUCCUCUCAGCGGGUUUGGUGGUCUCUACGAGUCCAUUCAGAUUACAACAAGCUCAAUAACCGCUUUACCUGCCAACGCCUUCGGUGAUGCACAAGCUGAGAAGGUUAUGAUCCAAGACAAUCCGGAACUCAUCUCGAUCGAUAAAACGUUCCUUGGAGCUCAAACGGAUCUGAUUCACAGGCUCGACAUCACUAACGCUCCAAAACUUGGGUCAUUUGAUUGGUCCAUGCUCGAAACGUUGUCGGAUCUGCACACCUUUGUACUAACCGGAUCCGGUAUCACAACUCUGACAUCAGACAUUCCAUGGCAAGCAGCCAUAAACUAUAUUGACUUAUCCAAUAACAAUGGGAUCACUGAAAUCCCCGCUAAUGCGUUCAAAAAGGCAACGCAUUUGGCAUCCUUGACCAUGAAUGAUAUGAACAAGGACAUUGCUCUGAGGAGUAAGGCCCUCCAGAUCACCACCACACAAUUGCCUCAUUUGUUUUUCACCACCCUGCCCGAUGGUCAAUCCGUAAUUGAGGAUGACGCCUUCGGGGAUGUGAGCGGUGGAGAGUUGUGGGGAUUUUUAGAGGGACAGUUUAUGGACUUUCCUGAAGGAGCCUUCCGACUUCUCUUGAAGAGCCACUUUGACAAAUAUUCUCAAGAGUUCAUCAUUCCUAAAAAUGGAAAGACCCAGGUCAGGGAUUGCUCCAAUUGUUCCAUCUCUUGGCUCUACAACGACGCCUUCAGAUUUGGAAGGGAUGAAUACAAGCGACUGGUGGGCGACGAGAAUGUUGUCUGCGAAGGUAUUGGACCAGUUUUGGAAUCUAGUGAUGAUGGCUUCAACGCAGAGAUGGAAGAUUGUCCAGUCACAGAUAUGCCUGGUCCAAGUGAGAAUCCUUGCGAAGGUCACGGGGCUAGUGGAGGGUUAUCGGACACCGUUCCAGAUGAUGAGGAUUGCCAUUGUUUCUAUCAUUGUAACUCCUUGGAUGAAGUCUCUGGGCAUGAUUGUUGUCAACCUGGAUUGGGAUACGACCAUGAGAUUCCCGGGUGCAACUGGGAGGACCAAGUUCCCGGAUGUCAAGAGUAGAUGAGUGCUAAUGAUUCAUAUGGACAUUUUGACCCCAUUGGUCAGGGCAAUCUUUUUUGGCCAGUCAUAAAAGGUGGAAAUAGAUGGAACUUUUCUUAACUCAAAAA